AUGGCUUUCCAAAUGCCUUCAUUCCUCUCACGCUUCCUCCGCCCGUUGAGCUCUGCGGCAUCAAUGUCCCUCCAACCCGAUGCCCUAGCAGCUAUGCAAUUCCCUCCCAACUCACAGAGAGCCAUCUUCGCUGGCGGGUGCUUUUGGGGUCUGGAGGAGUUAUACCGCAAGACGUUCGGCGACGGCAAGGGUCUUUUGGACUGCAGAGUUGGAUACACCGGUGGCCAAUCCAAGGCACCGAGCUAUGCCGAAGUCUGCUCCGGACGAACUGGCCAUGCCGAAUCCCUCCUGAUCGUCUUCGACCCGGAACGUCUUUCGUACAGGCAACUCUGCGAGUUCUUCUUCAGGAUGCACGAUCCGACCACCCUGAACCGACAGGGCGCCGACACCGGCACGCAGUAUCGCUCUGCGAUUUUCGCCGAGAACGACGAGCAACUCCAGAUUGCCGAGGAGAUCAAGAAGAAGGUCGGCGAACAGUGGUACAAGGGCAAGAACAUCACCACGGAGAUCAAGAGAGCGACGCAGUGGUAUGAUGCAGAGGCUUAUCAUCAAAAAUAUUUGAUCCCAGAGCCCGGAAAGGAUACAUCGGGAUUGUACCACUGCCCUGCGCAUUAUCGACGACCAUUCCCGGAUCUGGUGUAA